AUGGCUGACAAGGAUGCACCGACUCCUGGGAAGAUAACCCCACUGGGAAUUAAGGAACAAGCCACUGCCAAGGAGUCAAUCCAGUAUUCACGUGCGAAUGUCAGCGGGCGCCCGUUCUACGUGGGCUCCGAAAACGUCGAUCGAAGGAAGGGGACAAUCGGGGGAAUUCUGGAGAUCGAGGGGAAAUGGUACGGGCUGACCGUCUUGAGUCCAUUCAUCGAGGACCCCUCUGAAAUUUCGAGGCGUGAUGCCCUCUGGCGUAAUCUUCCCAGCGACGUCUCGUUAGUGUCCAACAAUAUCUACGACUCGGAGAAGCCAGGUACUUUAUGGGGACACAUCCCCUUAAUUCCUGACUCACUGAAAGUAGACCCGCGCUACUACUCUCCGGAAAAGAACUGGGCCCUCGUCGAGCUCACGAGUCAGUCGCUGUCCACCACACGCCAGACGCCACCAAGACCGGGUCUAGUCCUCCUUCCCGCCGGCUUGACGAUCACAGACGACGAGCCCCUGCCCUGUUUGAAAUUGGUUCAAUCGAACUUUGUCAAGAGACAAAGCGUGACGCUAAGAUUGCCUUACACCCGCGCCUCUGAUAUCAGUGGCCGCUACUAUACCUUCAAAUGCGCCAAUGCUUCAAGGACGUAUGCGGGUGUGAGGAACGCAGCGCAUAUCGGGGGCUGGCUUGUGGAUAUACAUUAUCUGACAGUGGCCGCCAUAAUUCAGCACGUAACUCGGACGAUAACGUACCUUUCCUCUGCGGAUGAUGUCUUCGGAGAGAUCAAGGAACGCUUUCCUGGGCUCAAACCGCCUUUGAUAACUACUUCGCUCGAUUGUGAUGAGAUGGGCUGUGGAUACUUCAAUGAAGAAGAAUCCGGUCCAUCGACUAGUGUAGAUCUGCCUUACAGAUAG